CACAAACAAGAUGGCGACUUUCAGUGACGAUUCAGACGAAAAUGAUUUUAUCGUGAUUGGUACAGCUGUACCUGAGCUAUCUGAUGAUCAACCUUUGCAAAAGCCAACAACUGUUCAGGAUCAAACUGCUACAGAUAAACAGGGCAGGCGGAGAUUCCAUGGAGCAUUUACUGGUGGCUUCUCUGCUGGUUAUUUCAACACAGUUGGAUCUAAGGAAGGAUUCACUCCUUCUACAUUUAUAUCAUCAAGACAAAAAAAGUCUGAGAAUGCAGACAAGAUUCUUAAUACACCUGAAGAUUUUAUGGACGAGGAGGAUCUUGAAGAGCAUGGGAUAGCACCUCGAAAAUUUGCCACUGCAGUUGGAUACACCUCUGAAGAAAGAAAAAGGAAACUUCAGGAUGAUGUUAAGCAAAUAGCCUCAGCUUCUGGUCUUGAUAUGACACCAGCCCUUGUUGAUUUCAUUGUACCUGAACAGAUACCAAUAGGAAUUCAACUUCUAUGCAAAAUGGGAUGGCGAGAAGGACAGGGUUUGGGUCCUCGUAAGAGAAAGAAGAGGAAGAAACAAAGCUCAAAACCAACAAAUCCUAGUAUAAAAAUGUAUGGCUGUGCUCUACCCCCACCCUCAGAUGAUGAUCAAUCUGACUCUGAUGAGUUUGUCCCUCAGAAUUUAGAAAACAUUAAAUUUGCCCCUAAAGAUGUUUGUCCAAUAUCUCUAGAAGUUAAAAAUGAUGUGCAUGGGCUAGGCUAUCAUGGUAUUGAUUCUAGUUUGGCACUACCCCGAUCUCACAUUCAUCUUUUCCCACCACCAUUACGUUCUUCUGGAAGCAGAAAGGGCAUUCAAGGGUUGGCGUUUGGAGUUGGUGUGUUUGAGGGUGAGGAUGAAAACAUCUAUGCCACUGACAGCCUUUCAAACUACCACACCACCAUGAGGUUAGAUGAUGAAGAAGACAAUACAUUUGGCUGGACAGCACCACGACAGCAUGGCCAACAAACUUUGCCUGUUACUUAUGUUGGAAAACUGUUGGAAGGAUUUUGUCUAUCAUCUAAACCUUUGCAGCCAAGAAAAGCUAACUUUUUUUUUCUCCAGAAAUAUCCGCCACCUACACUGCCACAGAAUUUCAAACCCCAGCAUUGGUUCCGCAAGAAACGAGUGCUCAGCCAUUUACCAGACAACCUAAAGAAUGAUGAUGACCUGCAAGCACCUAAAAAGCUAACAGCUGUAGAUAGGGGGCUUUUGUUGGGGGAAACCCCUAUUAUGAAGUCGGUAUUUGAUUUGGUACAGAAAGAAGAUAUGAAUAGAAUAGAAGCCACCAAAGCAGCUAUUGCUAUGUCACAGACUCUGAAAGAUAAAGCCAAGAAUGAAUUGUCUUCAAGAUUUCAGACAGUUGAAACCCAUGACAAUCCUCCUGCUAAAGUGACCUCACAAGUGGAAGCUCAUGUUGAAACCUUACCCAGCACUUUCCUCUCUAAAUUUAAGCCUGCCGAAUCUGUUGCAACUGAAUCUGAAGUGAAAGGACCUGCUUCAAAUGUACCUCUUUUCCAAGGUGGCCUGAAUUUCCAGCCUUUCAGAAAAGAUCCGGCCAAGCAGGAAAGAUACGACAAGUACUUGGCACUUGUAAAGCAAGGAGUGAAAGAUCCUUAUGCUACAAUUGCAAGCAGCCAUAUGACAGGAUGGGAAAAGUCAAGAGAGAAGGAAGAGUUUGCAAAAGCAGCAAAAAUAUUUAGACCAAUGUCUGCCAUGAUGUCAGCAAGAUUUGUACGUGGAGCAAUGAUUGAUGAUGAACAAAUGCAAGGCCCAUCAAACUCUUCUCGGAAUGAAGUAAAUGAUCAAACCAAAGCUGCUGAGAUGGGAAUGUUUGGCCAACUAACUCAUGAAGUCUUUGAAUGGCAUCCCCACAGUUUACUUUGCAAACGUUUUAAUGUGCCUAACCCAUAUCCAGGGUCAGAUGUAAUAGGAGUGCCCUCUAUAAAAAGGGAUAAAUUUUCAGUAUUUAACUUUUUGAAUUUCAAUGAUUAUCAACCUCCAGAUGCCAUUGAAGAAAAGGUUCCAGAACCUGAAUCAGUAGAGAAAACUCUGAAACCAAACAGAAAGACGACCAUGGCUUCUGUAUUCAAAGUACUAGAUGAUCCAAAUUUUAAUGCACCAACUCCAACACCAGUGACGGGAGAUUCCAAAGGGCUGACUGACAUAAAUAUGUCUGAACCAGAGAACUCUAUAGAGGAUGAAGAAUCCAAGCCUCCAGAUAUGGAUUUGUUCAGAGCAAUAUUUAAGAAUUCAGAUUCUGAAGAUUCUAGCGAUGAUGAUAAAGAUGAAAGUAAAAAAGAUUCUUCUGGUGAGGAUGAAAGAAGAGAGAGCAAGACGCUGACUGAACAAAAUGACAGUGAUUUAGAAAUAGACACUAAAGACAUUCAAGCCCAAGCAGUACAGUCUGUUGAGAAGUUAAAAGAAACGUAUACUAACUCUGCUCCUGAAUCUGGAUCAAAAUCACUUUCAUGGAAGAGAAAGAAAUCAAGGUUUAGUGAUCUGACUGAAACAAAUGAAAAUGACAAGAUUGAUCAAAUCAUAGCUGAUGUUGCAGAGAAAGAAGAUGCACUGUCAAGACUCACUGCCCCCAGGGAGAUUCUUCAUCAAGAGUCAGAUGAUGAAUAUGGUCCAAAAUUGCCAUCUUUCUUAGAUCCUCCUUCUAGCAGACUUUACACAGAUGGUGUUGAGUCUAUGAUAGAAGUAAAACAUUCGGAAGAGAAACAAGGUGAUAAAAAGAAAGAUAGACAUAAACACAGAAAAGAGAAAAAGAAAAAGUCCAAACACAAGAAAAACAAAAAACAUAAAAAACACAAAAAGUCCAAGUUGAAAAAAGUAAAAAAAUCUGAAACAAGGUCUGGGGAUGAAGCUGAUACUGAGUCAGAGAGUGAUGACUCCAGUGAUUCAGAUAUUUAAAUUGAAGGAAAUGUUUUUCAUUUAGUUGAUGAUUUAAUGAGAAUACUGUAGUAUUUUUGAAAACAAUUGUUUUAUAUAUUAAAUAUUUCAUUGCAAGAAAAAAAA